GCCGCCCCCGCCAGACCGGGCCCCGCCGCAGCGCGGGCGGUCAGUGCGCAGCCCCGGAGCAGGAGCCCGGAGCCGGAUUGCGGGCUCGGAGAGGACCCGACCCGCCCGCCGCCCCCAGCCAGGCACCAUGCUGCUGCUGCUGCUGGGCCUGCUGGGCCCUGCCGCCUGCUGGGCCCUGGGGCCCUCUCCAGGCUCGUCGGAGCUGCGCUCGGCCUUCUCGGCGGCACGCACCACCCCCCUGGAGGGCACGUCGGAAAUGGCGGUGACCUUCGACAAGGUGUACGUGAACAUCGGCGGCGACUUCGACGCGGCCACAGGCCAGUUCCGCUGCCGCGUGCCCGGCGCCUACUUCUUCUCCUUCACGGCUGGCAAGGCCCCGCACAAGAGCCUGUCGGUGAUGCUGGUGCGCAACCGCGACGAGGUGCAGGCGCUGGCCUUCGACGAGCAGCGGCGGCCCGGCGCGCGGCGCGCCGCCAGCCAGAGCGCCAUGCUGCAGCUCGACUACGGCGACACGGUGUGGCUGCGGCUGCACGGCUCCCCGCAGUACGCGCUCGGCGCCCCCGGCGCCACCUUCAGCGGCUACCUGGUGUACGCCGACGCCGACGCGCCUGCGCGCGGGCCGCCCGCGUCCCCCGAGCCUCGCUCCUCGGCGGCGCGCACGCGCAGCCUGGUUGGCUCGGACGCGGGCCCGGGGCCGCGGCACCGGCCGCUCGCCUUCGACACGGAGCUCGUCAACAUCGGCGGCGACUUCGACGCGGCGACUGGCGUGUUCCGCUGCCGCCUGCCGGGCGCCUACUUCUUCUCCUUCACGCUGGGCAAGCUGCCGCACAAGACGCUGUCGGUGAAGCUGAUGAAGAACCGCGACGAGGUGCAGGCCAUGAUUUACGACGACGGCGCGUCGCGGCGCCGCGAGAUGCAGAGCCAGAGCGUGAUGCUGGCGCUGCGGCGCGGCGACGCCGUCUGGCUGCUCAGCCACGACCACGACGGCUACGGCGCCUACAGCAACCACGGCAAGUACAUCACCUUCUCCGGCUUCCUGGUGUACCCCGACCUCGCCCCCGCCGGCCCGCCGGGCCUCGGGCCCCCGGAGCUCUGAGCCCCGCCCGGGGAGAGGAGCCCGGGGGCGGCCCGGGGCGUGCAUGCAGAGCCGGGCCGCGGCCCGAGCGCCCAGCCGGCGCGAGCAUGACGGCCCGCCCAGUGCGGCUGACUCUGCCAAUAAAGUGGGCCUGCGUCGGCACCUGUCUGCCUGGGGU